AUGAGCGCCUCAUCGAGGGCGGCUCGCCUGGCGACCCGCGGCAAUCUAGGGGUUGCUUCGCGCCAAAUGUCUCGCAGUAUUCAGCCAGCUCUCCUCUCCCGACACAUUCUGCGCCAGUCGCAAAUCCCCGCGCUCGCGCUGCUCGUUCCUGCUCGCCAUCUUGGUACCGAACACCACCGAUCCGACAAUUCGACCGGCCCACCUCCUGGCUUCAAUGCCGAGCAAGCCAAGAAGCCACUCGCCAAAGAUGCAAGCUCAUCCACAAAGCCUGAUGCGAAGAACGCGGCUGCGUCCGAUGGCUCUCUGUCCAAAGACGAAGCCAAAAUGGAGGAGCUGAUGGCCAGGUCCGACGAACAUGCCCAUCAGAAAGAGGUUCUCAAGAAGGAAAAGGAAGAAAAGAAGCUCACUCUCUGGCAAAAGGUCAAGAAAGAAGCCCGCCAUUACUGGGAUGGCAGUAAGCUGCUGGCAGCUGAAAUCAAGAUUAGCUGGAGACUGGCUCUCAAGAUGGCCGCCGGCUAUGAGCUGACCCGCAGAGAACACAGACAACUUCAGCGAACUGUCAAGGAUCUGGGUCGUCUCGUCCCCUUUUCCGUCUUUAUUAUUGUGCCGCUGGGCGAAGCCCUUCUCCCGCUCGCGCUCAAGCUGUUCCCCAACAUGCUGCCCAGCACCUUUGAGGGACAAAAGUCCAAGGAGGCCAAGGCCACCGUCCUCCGAGGCACAAGAAAAGAAGUCAGCACCUUUCUGCGCCAGACACUAAAGGAGACUGGCUUGCCUCUCACUGCUGCUACGGCGCAAAAAGAGGAGUUUGCCAACUUCUUCCGCAAGGUCCGAUCCACUGGCGAGGCUCCCACCAACGAAGACGUCAUCAAGGUGUGCCAGGUUUUCCGUGACGACCUCACCCUCGACAACCUUUCGCGCCCCCAGCUCGUAUCCAUGUGCCGUUACAUGACGCUCAACACUUUCGGUACCGACAUGAUGCUUCGUUACCAGAUUCGCCACCGUAUGAAGCAGAUUAAGAGAGAUGACCGUGCCAUCAGCUUCGAGGGCGUUGACAGCUUGACUGUCGGCGAGCUGCAGAUGGCGUGUGCUGCUCGUGGUAUCCGUACCCACAGCGUCUCGCCUGCUCGUAUGCGCAGUGACAUGCAGACCUGGCUCGACCUUCGUCUCAAGGAGCGCGUCCCUUCCACUCUGCUUGUCCUGAGCAAUGCCUACAUGUACGGCCAGGGAUCCGGCGAGGGCGGCAGCCAGAUCGAGGCCCUCAUUGGUGUCCUCUCCUCCAUUCCUGAGGAGCUGUACCACGAGAUUGAACUCGAAGUGCACAAUGCCGAGGGCGCCGCCACCAACAAGCAGCGUCUCGAGGUUAUCCGCGAGCAGCAGGAUCUGAUUGAGGAUGAGAACGAGCAAAACGAGGAGAGCCAGAGCACCGGCAUGGCCACCCCUCGCGAUGUCGACGACAUUGACGAGAAGGAAGAGCGCGAGCAGACUGCCCAGGAGGCCGGCGCUGGCAAGAAGCAAGCUGGUGAGAUGGUCGAUGCUGAGCUAGACCAGGUCAAGGUUGCCCAAGAGGAAGUCAAGGCAGCUCCCCCCAGCGAACAAAAAUAA